UGUGAGAGAGAGGGGGUGUGUGUGUGUGUCUGUUUGUUCAUACUAGAAAGACGAUUGCAUGUAAAAUACUGACACAGAGUCAGUCUGAAGGGUAGGACUUCCCCUGUCUUCAGUGUGUGCUUCCAUGACCAUACAGUUCAUCAUCACUCUUUGUGUUUUCUUUGUAUCAAACCAAGCUUUAAAGUGAACUUCUUUUUGCAUUCUGUUUCCUCGUUAUGUUUUGUCUAGGUGCAUGCAUUCAUAAGCCCAUCUCUGUGUGUAUGCCUGCGUGGCUGUGCGUCUCCCGACAUGACAUGUGUGUAAGUGUGUGUGGUUGUAUGAGAGGAACAACAAGGGAGGGAAAGAGAGUGAGGGAGAGAGAGAGAAAUAAGAGAGGUUCGAGAGCUCCAUGGGAAAACACCGGGUCCUGACGUGCUAGAGCAGACUCUUUCAUUACCUCAGGAUUCUUUAAGUUUACUGUUGUAGUGCUGCUUUUUGUAUUUCUUUUCUCAGCAACAAGUUCUACUUGAUGUCACUGUUUCAUUUACAGUCUCUUAAGAGGAUAAGCAGUCGGUGAAGAAGAGAUUUUUCUGCUGGCUCAAAAACAUCUCUUCUCUCUUUUCUCGUUCAAAAGACUCUUUUAGUCCACUCAUAAUAAACACAUACCCUCCCUCAUUGCAGCCCCCCUCUCCUCUGGGGAGAGCUCCCGUCUUCCUUACCUGUCCACAAGGAUAACCCCAUUUAGCUGAAUUUGUCUUAUGCCAUCACUGCUUGCUGUUCCACUAAUGGGCGCCACAUCAGACAACAGUUCCACAUUCCCUUCACUGUCACUGAGAGCCUCUCUCCACCCCUAACUGCCUCGCCAACACCAACACUAACACAAGCCGAUGGAGAAGAAAGACAUCAUCAUGACGAGCCUGCUGACAAAGGACAAGGGGGAGAAUGAGGACGAGAGGAAAGAAGAGAGAGAGGAGGUGGAGGGAGAGAAGGAGGACAUGCAGCAGGGGGUCUGUGGUCUGACUCUGGCUGACGGUCUCACAGAUAGAGGACCCAAAGCCCUCACCCCCGGCUCUGUACAGCAGGUCUCCAAUGGUUUCACCACAUCCAGCCCUCAGAGUCCUAAGGAGGGACCGGGGACUGCAGCCUGCUCUGCAGGUACAUCCUCUGGGUCUGGAGGAGCCACUGGCCCCUUUGUGCCACUGGGAGGCCUCAGGACUCUGGUGGUCCAACAGACCACCCUGGAGAGGCCCAGAGAAACCUGGAGCAAGAAGAUGGACUUCUUGCUCUCUGUGAUCGGCUAUGCAGUGGAUUUGGGAAACGUGUGGCGUUUUCCAUACAUCUGCUACCAAAAUGGAGGAGGUGCCUUUUUGCUGCCCUACCUGCUGAUGGCAGUGUUUGGAGGUGUCCCCCUCUUUUACAUGGAGCUGGCUCUUGGCCAGUUCCACAGAAGUGGCUGCAUCUCCAUCUGGAAACACAUCUGUCCUAUCUUCAAAGGUAUCGGCUUUGCUAUCUGCAUCAUAGCCCUCUACAUAGCCUUCUACUAUAACACUAUUAUGGCCUGGGCUUUGUACUACCUACUGUCAUCAUUCCGGCCCACCUUGCCCUGGACCACCUGUACCAACAGCUGGAACACUGAAAACUGUAACCUCUACAUGUCUACUGACCACAAUGUGUCCUGGUCCAACUCCUCCACAUCGCCUGCAGAGGAGUUUUAUACUCGCCAGGUGUUGCAGGUCCAUCGUUCCCCAGGUCUGCAUCAGCUGGGCUCUGUGAGCUGGCAGCUGGCCCUCUGCCUGCUCUUCAUCUUCACCAUCGUCUACUUCAGCAUCUGGAAGGGAGUCAAGACGUCUGGAAAGGUGGUUUGGGUGACUGCUACCUUCCCCUACCUGGUCCUUCUGGUGUUGCUCGUCCGUGGGGCGACCCUGCCGGGGGCUUGGAGAGGCGUUGUUUUCUAUCUCAAACCUGAUUGGGAGAAAUUGCUCAGCACAACAGUGUGGAUCGAUGCAGCAGCUCAGAUCUUCUUCUCACUGGGUCCAGGGUUCGGCGUGCUCCUUGCCUUUGCCAGCUACAACCCGUUUCACAACAACUGUUACAAAGAUGCUUUGGUCACCAGCUCUGUGAAUUGUCUGACUAGCUUCCUGUCUGGCUUUGUCAUUUUCACUGUGCUGGGCUACAUGGCCGAGAUGAGGCAGCAGGAUGUCGAUGCUGUUGCCAAGGACGCCGGCCCGAGUCUGUUGUUCAUCAUUUAUGCAGAGGCCAUAGCAAACAUGCCUGCUGCUACUUUCUUCUCCAUUAUCUUCUUCCUGAUGAUCAUCAUGUUGGGUCUGGAUAGCACGUUUGCAGGGUUGGAGGGGGUGAUCACAGCUAUGCUAGAUGAGUUCCCCCAUCUCCUAGUGAAGAGGAGAGAGUGCUUUGUCUUCGGCCUGGUGUGUGUCUGCUACCUCGGAGCUCUCUCCACACUCACAUAUGGAGGAGCGUUUGUUGUGAAGCUGUUUGAGGAGUACGCUACAGGCCCUGCAGUCAUCACUGUGGUCCUGCUAGAAGUCAUCGCUGUCUCCUGGUUCUAUGGUACCACCCGUUUCUGUAAUGACGUCCAGGUCAUGAUUGGUUUCUCUCCUGGUUUUUUCUGGAGGAUCUGCUGGGUGGCCAUCUGCCCCUGCUUUCUCCUGUUCAUCAUCAUCAGCUUCCUAGCCUUUCCUCCUGAGGUCAGGUUGUUCCACUACCACUACCCACCAUGGACCACUGUCCUGGGAUACUGCAUCGGUGUUUCCUCAUUCAUCUGUGUGCCUGCUUACAUGGUUUAUCACCUGCUCAAUGCCAAGGGCACAUUCAAACAGCGUCUGUUAAAGAGUAUCACUCCAGUGCCCAGCACUGACCAGCAGAGAAACUUCAUCGUCACCAACGCAGUCUGACCAAAACCUGAACAAAAGAAGGUGCCAUUCCAGCGACACACAGCGCCCUCUCCUGGACAAACUGCAAAACUACCUAACAAGGGGGCUACCUUUCACCGUCUUUGCCUCUUUUUAAUGCAUCUUCUCCUCUUGUUGUUAGCGAUCUCACACCAAGAUGUAGGACCAAAGGAGAAGUUAGAGCUGCAGUGUUAGAGCUUGGUUUAGUUCCUUCAGUUUUAAAGAAGUUGUCAAAGAUCACCAUGGUAACAUCAUCUUUUUGUGUGUGUGUUUUAUCCAGUCAAAAGUCUUUCUCAUAAAGUUACCAACCAUUCGUCAGGUUAAACAGGUGACACAUAUCUUUUAUACAUUCAUAUAAAUGAAUGCUCAUAUAGACAGAAACUGGAGAAGGCCGGAUUGUUUCGCUCCAAUCCUCUCUCACCAUUAACGGCUAUAUUUUCCUAUCAUGCUGGUAUGUUAUGCAUUCGUUGAUGUAGAGAAAAAUCAGGUAUCUUUUUACAUCUCUUAAUAAAGCCAAAUAUGUGAUACCUGUUUUAUUUACAUUUCCUAAGAUGUUUCAAUAUUGCAGUUGAUGUUAUCGUGAUGACUGUUAGCCUGUGUGUUUUUUUUUUUUGGUGACCUCUUAAAUGAAUGACAGUUUUGCAAACAAUGUGAAGCACUGUCUGAAAAUGGCAAGAGUGUGUGUGUGUGUGUGUGUGUGUGUGUGUGUGUGUGUGUGUGUGUGUGUGUGUGUGUGUGUGUGUGUGUG